GGUAAAAUAAUAAUUAUUAGUUCGUGCCAUUGCACUGCAGGGCAUGGCCGCAUGGGCUGGUACGUAUUGCUCUUCUGCCGUUCUGGGAUUUACUACUUCAAGUAGUCAUACUACUAGUGGUUUGCAGCUUCUCUAGUUUUGUCAUUUUUGUUUCACGCUGAGAUUGUGAAUGUGAACGUGAUGCCCUGGUUCAUUUAUUGUCACUAUUGAUGAAACUUAUUAUCGAUUCGGUGGAACUCGUGAACAGUGAUCUGCCAUGCCAUCUGUGGAGCCGCCUCAGCCACGAUUGUUGUAACCUUGUAGGUCGGCUGUGCCCUGCGUACAGGGUUUGUCUAUGCCUGCACCGGCCGCGUAUUAUCGGACUGGUCCUGCAGCCCGUUCUGUAGAGAUAAUGGUGAAAGCUGGGCAGGAUGCUAGUAGCUCUUUCCAGAACAAUAGCGCGAGGGACAAUGCGAAUGGGGAGGGAAACAAAUCUGAGCCACUGCUCGGAGUUCGAAUGGAGACGCUGUCCUCCACCAACCAAUUCCUGUUCUGUACCGCUGGAAUACUCUUCUUCUACAUGAUCUAUGGUUAUGUGCAGGAAGCAUUGUUUCAUAUCAGUGGAAUGAAAUCACAUGCUCUGUACCUCACCCUUGCCCAGUUUGCGCUCUAUUCUUGCUUUUCGUAUUUGGAGAUGAGACUUCAACAACAGACAAGAAAAAUCCCGAUUGAGACUUAUUUAUUUCUAGCCUUCCUAACUUUAGGCACCAUGGGACUCUCCAAUCUUUCUUUGGGAUAUUUGAACUAUCCAACGCAGGUCAUAUUCAAAAGCUGCAAGCUGAUUCCCGUUAUGAUAGGCUCCGUGAUUAUCGUCGGCCGUCGCUAUGGACCGAUAGACAUUUCGGCCGUAAUGCUGAUGUGCGUGGGACUGGCAUGGUUCACGUUAGCCGACAGUGCUGUCUACCCGCAGUUCAACUACACCGGUAUCUUGAUAAUCAUGUUGGCACUGUGCGCUGAUGCACUCAUUGGGAACUAUCAGGAGAAGGCCAUGAAGCAGCAUGACGCCGGCAACACUGAAGUGGUUCUAUAUUCGUAUGGAAUUGGAUUUGGAUAUCUACUUGCUGGACUUGUUGGGACGGGCAAUUUUCUGCAUUCUGUGCAGUAUUUUAACGAGGACCCAGUGUGGAAGUAUUCUCACGUAGCGCUCUACGCGCUCUCCGGGUAUUUAGGCAUCAAGUUUGUCUUGACGGCAAUCAAACUGUUUGGUGCUUUAGUGGCAGUCACUGUGACGACUCUCCGCAAGGCCUUGACAAUGACGCUAUCGUUCAUCGUCUUCAGCAAGCCAUUCACAGUCCAGUAUUUGUGGAGCGGUCUGAUCAUUCUACUCGGCGUCUCGCUGAAUGUGUAUGGCAAGAACCGGGCACGCAUUGACCCACUGCUGCUACAGGUAUGGCUGCGCUUUAGUCAGCGACGCUCCAAGGCACCGCUACCCGCCGAUGUGCAGUCUGUAUAGUAACGGCAGAUCCCCGUGCAAUCUGUAGCUCCCUGAUCGCACCGAGCAAACGUAACGUUACAAGACAAUCUCAGCAGUAGUGAAGCAACCCCACUCCGAACUCACCUUGUUCUGCGUUUAUUUUUUAUUUUCAUGUGAAAACCAAUAUUUGUGGGUCGUUAUCAUCAUCAUCAUUCCUUUUGUCACUUUAGGGUUCAUCCGGCAUUAUUGAGAAAUUUCACGGAACGAAAAAGCUUUGUUACGACCUACCCACGGCCGGCCACUCACGUUCACCCACAAAAACAUUUGCACCCAAAAAUCAAUUGAAAACCAGAACAUUGGCAACCUUUCUGGCAUCAAUAAUUUCAGAGUGAAACUAAUCUGGACCUGCCCGCCCAUAAUCGAAAGUUUGUGGGAGAAAAAAACAUUUUUAAAUUAAAAAUGGACAGCCCCCAAUAUCUGCUACCGGUGCUCAAUCCCUGGUUGAUAUCUCACUAUUCUUAUUACGUUUUUAUUUCCCCAUAGUAUUUAUUUCACUGGUCAUGCUCACUAGUUCUUAGGCCUUGGGUAUAGUUAGCAUGUGCCCGAUAUAGCAUGUACAUACUCUGCAUAGUGCUGUUUUUGUCGAAUCACACGAGAUGCUAUCUUGAGAAUCACUGGGAUGGAUGCAGGUGUGA